AUGUCUAUCAAAAUUUAUGGAAACCUCACCGUUACCGGAAACCUUUCCGUCUCUGCCGUCUCUUCUUGUUCAAGCGGUAAUUCCAGUCACAGCGCCCCGGUGACAGCUAUCGAUUCUAAUGACCCUCAACCAGCAGAGAACAUAUUGGUAGAAAAUCCACCUGGGCAGGACCGUUCAACACCGGUAGCUCAACCAUCAAGAGAUGAUCCUGGCACCCCGCGUCGCGCAUCACCCAGAAACCAUCCUGAUUCUCCCCGUCGUCGAUCACCCCGAAACCAUCCUGGUACCCCACGCCGUCGAUCAUCUAGAAUCGCCAGAAUUGCCGAGUUCAGGUACCGACCAAUGCGCUUACAAAGACGUCCACUUCCCGCUGCUUAUGAGAAUCACGACGUCUGGACCAAAAUACGGACCUUACCAGUCAACCUUCUCCCAUACCUCUCGCCUGGAUGGCUGCCACAUUGGACCACUCGAGAUCUUCUUCGACAGAUCAUCUGGCACUUUGAACCAAGGCAGCGCAUCCCCUGCCGCACUCUCAAAGCAGAAAUUAUUGACCUCUUUGAAUAUCUUGUUGUCAAUCAGUACGGUGCAUACUAUGGAAUAUAA